ACGGGCUGCUAGGCCGCGUUAGCAGAGACCUUAUCAUAACCUGUGUAAUUCUGCCCAACACAGGUCCUCUUGUUCGUCCUAAAUUACAUCGAGUUACAGACUUGCCCUCUCCCACCCCCCUCUCCCCCUGUUUUUCAGAAGGCGAUGGCACAGGAGACGAAUCAGACUCAGGUGCCGAUGCUUUGCACGCUGGGAUGCGGUUUCUACGGCAACCCUCGCACCAAUGGCAUGUGCUCGGUGUGCUACAAGGAGCAUCUUCAGAGGCAGCAAGCGGGGGGGCGGAGCAGUCCACCAGGUGAGAAAGCCGCCACGUCUCCUUCAGGGUCUCCAGCGGUCCCUGCCGUAACCGUCGAGGUGGUCCCCGACCCCGUCUCUGAAGCAGCGGCGCCAUCAGAAGAGCGAACGUCCAGCAGCUCUCCCAGUCCGGUCACUCAGCAGAUGACGGCCAUGAGCAUCUCCCAGGACACAGCGGCCACCGACUCCGACAGAGCCGACGCCGAGGAUGAAGACGAGGAUGACGGCUCGUCUAAAAGCACAGGUCCAACAGGAGAGGCAGCACAAGCCUCCUCAGAUGGAGAUCAAACUCCUGAUAAGAACAAAAAGAAGAACCGGUGCUUCGCUUGCCGGAAAAAAGUUGGACUCACAGGAUUCGACUGCCGCUGCGGUAACCUGUUCUGCGCCAUCCACCGCUACUCGGACAAACACGACUGCCCGUACGACUACAGAGGCGCGGCGGCCGCCCAGCUCCGCAAGGAGAACCCCAUCGUAGUGGCAGAGAAGAUCCAGAAGUUAUGAGGACCGACCGGAACCACCAGCAGCAGCAGCAGCACCACCGCGACGAACCAGAAUCGUGUUUGACCCGCAGGUUUAAUCGGAACAAUGAUACCGGCACUGUUCUAUUACGGCUCCAUUUCUUCAUGGUAGGAAGAAGCGCGGCACACGCCCUUCGCCCCGCGUCUCCCUGACUCUCCCGGUGUGGACUCUGUCCGAGUGUGUGUGUGUGUGUGUGUGUGUGUGUGUGAAUGGAAGUGUGCGCGAGGGUCGGAGAGAGCACCCCGGGGUCCGCAUGCUUUCGUGGGAGGGAGGACGGGAGGACGUUUUAGUUUUUUUUGGGAUUCGCUUUCGUUUGGAUACACAAAUGGACGGAGGGGGGAGGAGAUUUUGGGAGGGGGGUGGAUUUCAUUUCCUAAUUUCUUCCUUUAUUCCCUUUAGAGUUUUUUUUCUUUUUCUGAUUGAGGUUCAUCGAUUAUUAAUGCCUGGUCUAUUUACGCCACUUUUAUAGACGUUCACUUAUCAUAUUAACGUUCGAUCGAUCGAACCCCGAGCGACUGACCGAUGGAUUUUUAUUUUCCUUCUUUUCCGUUUUAACGAGUGUAUGUGAGCGUAUCAGAGGAUCUAUAUUAAUAUAUUGUAGUUAGCUCGAAUGGUGUGAUUGCAUCCUAUUUAUUUUGUUGUUGUUUUGUUUUUUUCUCCUUCUUUGGUUGAGUUGUGCUGCAGGAUUGGAAGCAUGUGGCGUGAACAGCUUUGUACUUAAUCUCUCGAUUGUAGUCCCAUCUAAUUAUGUAAAAAAAAAAAAAAUCGUGUGUAUGACGUGGUCGUGUCAUUUUAAUCUCGUGUUCUGAAAUCCGAGCGCUGGAUUUAGAGGAGCGUCGGGAGCACGGAUGCGGCGGCUGAGGAUGAGGAGGAAGGUUGGGCGGGGUCUCUGCGGCGAUACGCCAUCUCUGGGACCUGUCCAAGCGCUGCCUGCAAGUCUCAUGGGCGCAUGGUGUGGCUGGGAACCCAAAGCUACCAACAUUGGUAGCUCAGUGGUUAUCACAAGGACAGGGUUCAAGUUGCCACUGUUGGACCCCUGAGCAAGGCCCUUAAUUCUCAUAAUUGAGUCAUAACUGUAGGUCACUACACACUACAAUGUGGAUAACAGGUAUAUCUUAAUUUAAGAGGCAGUUGUAGCCUAGUGGUCAAUGUACUGGACUAGUAAUCAGAAGGACACUGUUGGACCCCUGAGCAAGGCCCCUCAAUUGCUUUCACCAAAAUUGGAAAUACUGGAACAGUGGUAGCUCAGUGGUAGACAAGGUUCAAGCCUCACCACUGCCAAGUUGCCACUGUUGGACCCCUGAGCAAGGCCCCUAAUUCUUAUAAUUGAUUCUCCUUAGGACAAGGAGGAAGGUUGGGCGGGGUCUCUUCCCGCUACCGCUGCGAUAUGCGAUCUCUGGGAUUGGUCCGGCCUGGGAACCCAAUGCUACCAACAGUGGUUGCUUAGUAGUUAAGGUACUGGACUAGUAAUCAGGAGGACAAGGUUCAGGCCUCACCACUGCCAGGUUGUUACUGUUGGACCCCUGAGCAAGGUUCUCAUAAUUGAGUCAUAAUUGUAGGUCACUGGGGAUAAAAGCACCACCAAGACUGCAAUGACAGGCACGUGUAUAAGUUGUAGCCUAGUGGUUAAGGUAGCUGCCUCUUAAAUUGGACCAGUAAUCAAAAGGUCAUUGGUUCAAGCCCCAUUACUGCCAAGUUGCCACUGUUGGACCCCUGAGCAAAGCCCUUAACCCUCAUAAUUGAGCCAUAGUUAUAAGUCGCUUUGGAUAGGUAUAUCUUAAUUUAAGAGGCAGUUGUAGCCUAGUGGUUAAGGUACUGGAUCAGUAAUCAAAAGGACACUGGUUCAAGCCCCACCACUGCCAGGUUGUUACUGUUGGACCCCUGAGCAAGGCCCUUAAGUCAUAAUUGUAAGUCGCUUUGGAUAGGUAUAUCUUAAUUUAGGAGGCAGUUGUAGCCUAGUGGUUAAAGUACUGGACCAGUAAUCACAAGGUCACUGGUUCAAGCCCCACCACUGCCAAGUUGUCACUGUUGGACCCCUGAGCAAGACCCUUAAUUCUCAUAAUUGAAUCAUAAUUGUAAGUCACUUUGAAUAAAAGCACCACCAAGACUGCAAUGACAGGCACGUGGAUGAUGGGUAUAUUCUAAUUUAGGAGGCAGUUGUACCUACUGGACCAGUAAUCAAAUGGGGGUCUGAUCCUUCUAAUUAACACUCGGACCUCCCAAAAUGAGGUAAAAACUACAUUUUAGGCUGUAGGGGGCUCGUAAGUGGAGUUUUUAAAUACCGUGUCCACUCACUGUCCACUCUGUUAGACACUCCUACCUAGUCGGUCCACCUUGUAGAUGUAAAGUCAGAGACGAUCGCUCAUCUAUUGCUGCUGUUUGAGUCGGUCAUCUUCUAGACCUUCAUCAGUGCUCACAGGACGCUGUUGGCUGGAUAUAUUUGGUUGUUGGACUAUUCUCAGUCCAGCAGUGACAGUGAGGUGCUUAAAAACUCCAGCAGCGCUGCUGUGUCUGAUCCAAUCAUACCAGCACAACACACACUAACACACCACCACCAUGUCAGUGUCACUGCAGUGCUGAGAAUCAUCCACCACCUAAAUAAUACCUGCUCUGUGGUGGUCCUGUGGGGGUCCUGACCAUUGAAGAACAGGGUGAAAGGGGGUAACAAAGCAUGUAGAGAAACAGAUGGACUACAGUCAGUAAUUGUAGAACUACAAAGUGCUUCUAUAUGGUAAGUGGAGCUGAUAAAAUGGACAGUGAGUGUAGAAACUAGGAGGUGGUUUUAAUGUUAUGCCUGUUCGGUGUAUGCUUACAUAGUUUAGGGAAGGCCCUUUCAUGCUCCAGCAUGUAUCCCUGUACACAAAGCAAGCUCUGAAAAGAACCCUGACCUCAGCCUCACUCACCAGCUCUGGAAUGAACCGGAACAUCAUCAUCAGGCUUUUGACAUCAUGAGCACAAAUUCCCAUACACAGACAUUCCUCAGAGUCUCUUGGGAAGCCUUCUGAGAAGUCGGCUGCUGUUCUAGCUGAAAAUAUCACACAGAUGUCGCCCUAUUUAAGACCAGCCGUUUUGAAAUGGGACGUCCGACGAGCUCGUGGUAAGGCGUCCGGAUACUUUAGUCCAUGUACACUUUUCCGACGUUUUUGAUCGAGAUUCCUGACCACCAGCAGACCGGUGAAUAUUGGAACCUGUUCUCCACUUCCUCGCUUUCCAGGCGGGCGAGACACGCCGACGCAGCAUCGCGCACACUGUAGACCUCAUUGUUCAUUUUCUGGUUUCACUGUUAUAACAUGAGAACGAAUAAAGUGACGUUAAUGUGAA